AUGGUGUCGCUACGAUCCAGCAAAUGGGACUUUCUUCAGGACGAACCGGAGCUGGACGGAGACGAAAGCGGUUUUUCGCAAGCUAGUAGCUUGCGCGAGCAGGCAAAUGCUUUGGCCCACCAUGCACGGGAAGAGCAGGAGGCGCGGCCACGGCAGCAGCAUCUUUGCGAGGCCCUGGCAAUGUAUCGCAAAGCCGAUGCCCUGCUGGAGGGGCACAUCAAGGAGUCCGAGGAAGCCAGCUUGGCGCUUCAAUGCCGUCUGAAUGCAGCGUGCCUUGCCAUGCAGGUCGUUGGGCUCGCCGGAGCAGAAGAGAGACACCAGGCAGAAGCGGUCGCAACUCAGUUUGCAAACGCGGCACUGGAGAUUGAUCCAGAGAAUCCUCAUGCAGCACUCAUCCUGGCGCGCCUGGCAGGCAGUCGGAAGGGCUUGGCCGAGCAGCAUCUCCGAAAUGCGCAAGUUUGGGCGCAGAAGCGAAAGGAUGAGGAUGCAGCUGGUCAAGCCACAGAAUUGGCAAAGAGCUUGCGACCAGGAUGGCAGACGCAGGUUGAUUCGCCGUCUGUUUGGGUGCAGAAGGGGGCCGAACUCUUCAAGCGAGGUCAAACAAAGGAGGCCGAGUGCAUGUUGACGCAAGCAGUCGACUACUUGGACCGGAAGGAGAAUGGAGGUCCAAUAGACUCCCUUUCCACACAAACUGCGCGUGCACUGGCAUUUGAUGCGCUCGAGGUGUUGGCAGAGUGUCUAGCGGCCAGGAGAGACUUCGAGGGUUCCCUCCGAUGUGGCCGCAGAGCUGCCAGUUUGCUCGAAGCGGGUGUCACUCAGGUUCCUUUCUCGGAGCCCGAGUGUAGCAGGCGAGCAGGCCUUCUGAACCUGUCCUUGGGACAUGCUGCCGAAGCUGUCGGUGACAAGGAGGCGCUCUCCUUCUUUCGACGAGCAGCUCAAGCAUUGCAGAGGUCCAACUCGACACCCGCGUUGGAAGGAACGGCCCUACUUGAGUUUGGUCUCCGCCUGGCUCAGGAGUUCGAAGCUGGGGAUCCGAAUGCUUCUGACUUGGCCAUGCCCACUUUGGAGCGUGCGAUUGAGAAGCUAAAGCUUGCGCACGGUCUGCAGCUGAAAGGAAGGAAAGAUAAUCGCGUUGCAGUCGCGAGUUCCCAGACCCCGGCAGUCGCCUCUGAAAGACUUCUGAGGAGACAGCUCCAGGCACAGGUGGCAGUGUGCUCGCUCCACUUGUCUCUGGGAGACUCUGCAGCUGCGGAGGAGGUGUUGAAUGAAUCGCGACACCUUCUUGAUGUUGCGGUCGAUGGUCAGUCGGCGACUGGCUUGGAGUGGGCCCGCUUGUGCGGCCAAUGGGCCUUCGCUGCCGCGCAGGCGGGACGGUUGGCAGAGGCCGAGGAGGCUUUGCGAGCAAAAUGGAAGCGAGCAGGUGGCAAAGACCCAGAGUGGGGCCAAGACGGCUCUGACCUGCAUUUGCUGGAGUGCUCUUCAUGCCAAGAUCCGGAAGCCUUACGAUUGCAGCAAGAGGCGCUACAGAGUCUCGCGCUUGUGCGACAGAAGGCUCGGGAUGCCGUGGGUGUCGAGGACGCCAUGUCCCGACUUAGCAGAGCUACGCCGGAAGUAAGCAGAGGCGAUGUGCAGAAAGAGAUGCAGCAUCACCUUCAACGCCUUGCCCGUGAUGCACAGAGCACAAGUACCGAGUCAAUUGCUGACUUGCAGGCAUGCGACACGGCAUCCAAAGGUCCACAAACCCUCCUCUCGCAAAGGGGUGCUUGGCUAGCAGGUCUGUGCGCCCUCAUUGUGGGCAUAUCCUUGGCCAAAAUGGAGACGAUGAAGACCGUCGUCUGGCCUCUGCACACAAACUCCUUGCAGAAUUGGAGUUUUGCUUUCUAG